AUGCAUACGAUAGUCUUGCUGCAUGGCAGAGGCAGUGACGCGGAGGAGUUUGCGGAGGAGUUGAUGGACUCAUCUCGCCUAUCAGAUGGGCGGUCGUUGCAGGAGGCGUUACCGGGCUGGCGGUGGGUUUUCCCCGCUGCAAGGCAAGUCUGGAGCGAAGUGUUUAAAGAGUUUAUGCCAAUGUGGUUUGAGUUGAGGGACGGCAGGGAUGGUGCUGGGGAUUCCGAGGGGCUGAAAGAGGCGGUCACACAUGUGAGAGGUAUUCUGCAGGAGGAGAGGACGAGAUUGGGGUACGGCAAGGUGAUUCUGGGGGGCAUAAGUCAAGGGGGAGCGGUUGGCAUGUGGACGUUGCUGUCAUUGAUGGGCGAAGGGAAUGGUGAUGAUGAUCCGGGGAAAUGGCUGGGUGGGUUUGUGGGGAGCAGCACAUGGAUGCCGCUUGGAGAUGAUGCUGAGAAGAUGCUUGACGGGGAUCAUCACGGCUCUGAGUUUGUGGAAAACAUGAUGAAGUCACUUUCUCAGCGACAGUCGACCAUCCCUGUUCUCAUGGGACAUGGCGUUGACGAUGCUUAUGUCGACGUCGACUUAGGACGACAAGCAGCGCGCAUCUUGAGUCGAGUUGGGUGCAGUGUUGAAUGGCGAGAGUACACAGGCGCAGAGCAAGAGGGUCAUUGGUUCAAGGUGCCCGAGCAAAUGGACCACAUUUACGAGUUUCUGAAAAGCUUGGAAGCGCAGUAA